UUGGUUUAUGUGGCCAUUUUACCAUUUCAACUUCGCCGGGCUGAUCGAAUACUAAAGGUCAUAGAUUUCACCAACGUUUUGCCAAAGAAUAACUAGUCCUGCCAUUUGUAACCGAUAAUGAUGGAUCAGGGCUUUAGCGAUCAUUCUUUCGGUUAUGGCCGUGCGAUGAGUUGUUCUCCCUCUUCAAGUCCUGCCCAAAGCCAUCUUCCAGGAUACCUUUUAGGCGGGAAUUCUCAAAGCGCAUCGCCCAUGAGCAGAAAUUGGUCAACACCAUUGCAGCAUAGCUCUCCUGCUAUCCGAAAUACUCCAGCAUCUUCUGGGGCAAGCUCUGGUUUUUCGAGUCCUCACAAGCAACUUAUUCUGACAGAGAAACUCCAACAAAACACUACCAGAGGAACACCCACAAUAGGAAGGACCCCUAAAGAUGCUAUAGGUGCUCCACCUGUUGAAGGAUUAUACGACACAAGGCAUGCAUCUCCUGCACCUGUCAACUUUCAGUGUAACCAGUCUCAAUGGGCUGGAGACAGAUCUCAGAUAAUGAGUGCAACACCAAACAGAUUUCCAAGUUAUGCAUCAGGUCCAGGAACACCCUUCCAAGAUUCCAGACAGGACACUAGCGUGUUUAGUCCUAGCAAAAUGACAUUACCGCCCUCUCCAACACAAGUUGAUCCAUUUUAUACACAAGGGGAGAGUCUCUCUAGUGAUGAUGUUCUUUCCCAAUGCUGGGUUACUGUAUUCGGAUUUCCACCAGCUGCAACUUCCUAUAUUCUGCAACAGUUUGCACAGUAUGGAAAUAUUAUUCGGCAUGAGGUUGUUGCGAAUAAGAACUGGAUGCACAUACAGUAUCAAUCCAAACUUCAAGCUAAAAAGGCCUUGAGUAAAAAUGGGAAAGUUUAUAGCAGCAAUAUAAUGAUUGGAGUAAUGCCGUGUAUAGAGAAAAGUUUAAUGGAAGACUGUGGGAAGGAAAAUACAAUGAGACACAUGGAAACAUCAAAAAUGGAUGUGUCAGUAAAACCUGCCACACCCUCUCGGCUUCCUAUUCGACCUUUGACUGCUGCUUACCAAGCUGCCAGCAGCAACCACCAGGUUGUGCCUCAGGAUGGUAGGACACCACAAAAGAACAACAAUGUCAUAUCUAAAGCUAUGGAGUAUAUGUUUGGCUGGUAGCAGAUUUGCUUGAAAUAAUAUUUCAAUGAUUGUAAUAAUCAAAUAGAUUACAGAUGGCUUUCAGGGGGGGGGGCUGGGAGGGAGAUGAGGUAGACUCUCCUACUUUCUCUUAUCCCCUUGUGCACCACAGGGCUCCCAAUGUUCCUUCCAUCAGGCUAAUGUAUGAUGUGCACAUAGAUGUUAAUGAAUUGACCAGGAUAGUUUUUAUCAAAUAAGUCGUAAAUGCUUUUUGAGUUCCCUAUGCUCCUAUUUAUUAUUAUUAUUUUUUUUAGUCGUUGUUGGGUGCCUACUACAGGGUUCAGACCACAGAUCCAUAAAAUAAAUAACUAUCGUAUCUUUAUAUCGAUAUCUAUCAUGUUUUUAAUAUACAAAAGCAACUCUCGUUCAGUGUGCGUCUCUUGUGGAUUAAUAAAAAGACGAUUAUGGUUGGUUAGAA